AUGUUAACUAUCAUUAUCAUCAUCUCCAUCAGGUCAGGACCGUGCCACCUCACUCUGUGGGUCUCAAUUUUGUAUGAGAAAAUCGUGCUUCAUGGGUUGUUGGCCAAAGAAGGGAAAUCUGGAAACUCCUGCCAUCAAAGGGGGAAGCAGAGGGGAGAAAAGCGAUUCGGUGAAACCCAGCGUUUCCGGGCCGGGAGGGACGAGUUCGUUCCUUAUUUUAGUGAGAAAGAAGUGAAGGGCGCCAGCCAGGCCAGCGGACGGCAGUCGGGAGGUGGUGGCGGAAGGAGGAGGAGCUCCGACCGCGCUCUCUGCAGGCAGUGGCUGCGCCUCUCAGCGCUCGUCGGGUCCCCACCCCUUUUAAAUAAGCCGAGCUGGUCGCCGCCCUCACAGACUAGUUGGCUCGGGGGAGGCGGCGGCGGCGGCGGCGGCGCGGCGGCGGGGCGCGGCCUGAGACCGUCCAGUCCGCAGCCCUUUCCUGUUUGGGGGUCUCCUGGACGUCUCCGGAGACUUUAUAAAGACUCUUUUGGUAUACGCGCUCCCCUUUCUCGGUGGAAAUGUAAAUACCCCAACUUGGGAGUAUCCACCUCAUCUGCCUAUCCUUACCUAAGUAAAGGGACCAAUCAUACCUUUUCUUCCUAUACAGACUUAGCUUUGGAAUCAAACCCUUCUGACCAUCCAAGGGCAAGCACAAUUUUCCUGAGCAAAUCUCAAACAGAUGUGCGAGAAAAGAGGAAGAGCAACCAUUUAAACCAUGUAUCUCCAGGGCAGCUUACUAAAAAGUAUAGCUCAUGCUCAACAAUAUUUCUAGAUGACAGCACAGUCAGCCAGCCUAAUCUUAGAACCACAAUAAAAUGUGUGACCUUAGCAAUAUACUACCACAUAAAGAACAGAGAUGCAAAUAGAUCCUUGGAUAUUUUUGAUGAGAGAUCACAUCCACUCACACGAGAAAAAGUUCCAGAGGAGUACUUUAAGCAUGAUCCUGAACACAAAUUUAUUUACAGAUUUGUUCGUACUCUUUUCAGUGCUGCACAGCUAACAGCCGAAUGUGCAAUAGUAACUUUGGUUUACUUAGAAAGGCUUUUAACUUAUGCUGAGAUCGACAUUUGUCCCACUAACUGGAAAAGAAUUGUUUUGGGAGCCAUUCUUCUUGCCUCCAAGGUUUGGGACGAUCAGGCUGUAUGGAAUGUGGACUACUGCCAGAUCCUCAAGGACAUUACAGUUGAGGACAUGAAUGAGAUGGAAAGGCAUUUUUUGGAGCUACUUCAGUUUAAUAUCAAUGUUCCUGCCAGUGUUUAUGCCAAAUACUACUUUGACCUUCGCUCCUUAGCAGAUGACAACAAUUUGAAUUUUCUGUUUGCUCCUCUUAGCAAAGAAAGAGCACAGAACCUAGAGGCCAUUUCCAGAUUGUGUGAAGACAAAUACAAAGACUUGUGCAGAGCUGCUAUGAGAAGGUCUUUCAGCGCUGAUAAUUUCAUUGGUAUUCAGCGCUCUAAUGCCAUCCUCUCUUAAGGGAGGAAGGAGGGGUUGUAACAUCACGAACCCCUCACCUACAAGGACUGGAGAAAUACCACCUCUCCUGCUCAAAAACCAGCAAAGUUAGUAUUUUCAUCUAAAAGAAGGUCAAGAGACUCGUGGACCGCAAGGAUUAUGCUCAUAGGAAAGAAUGGAACUUGUCAAUGCAACACACUCAUUUGUCCUUUUUAAUGUAAACAGAGUUACAAAAACCACUCCAAAGCAAAAGCUCCAACCCACACACAGAUAUUUGCUUACUAUGUAGGCUUAUAGCUGUGUGAGCUAAGUGAGGUUUUAAAAUUUUUAGACACGACACUAACUACAUAACUUUUAUGUUUUUCUAUUUUUCUUGCCCCUCCCUCACACUGCUGCAUAUUUCUUUAGAAUCAAUGCAGUAUUACCAUUAAAACAUGGGACUCCUAACAACUCAUAAAGCCACUUAGGAACAGACUGUAGCGUUGUGAGGUAUCGAAGGGUUCUUCCCCCCUACUUUCCCAUUGAAGCUGCUGGUCGUUAUUGGCAAUCAGUUUAAACCAAAAAGCUGCCGAAUAACACCUGUCGUUCAAAUUCUUUGCAAGCACUACUUAUUAGCAUUAUUAGUAUGUUUGGGAUCAUAAACAAGAGAAAGUACGUUAUCGAUUAUCUACUUCUAUUGGGUCCACGCUGCAUUUCUUGUGAACUAUAAUGGUGCUUCUCAUUUUCUGACGAUUGUCCUCUUUGUUAAAUGCGUGUAUUAAAAUAUAUUUUCAUAAUUCCAA